AUGUAUCUAUCUGUCUAUCUCUCAAUUCUUCAUUAUUAUCUAUCUAUCUAUCUAUCUAUCUAUCUAUCUUGCCGGCCUCGAACGAACUCUUCGAUGACUUCUUUCCGGCCAUUUCUGCCAUCCAUAACUCUACCCAUUCUAUCCCAUUUUUCUCAACCCAGCGACACUCUCAUCAGUACACCAACACUUUCCACCGUACACCAACAUUUUCCUCGAUACAUCAUCUUUCCUCAGUUUACCAGCUCUCACCUCGGCAUAUCAAAACUUUCCUCAGCUCACCGAAACUCUCAUCAGCACACCAACACUCUCCUCGGUAUACCAACACUUUCCUCAGUACACCAACACUCUCUUCGGUAUACAAUCACUUUCCUCGGUACACCAACACUUUCCUCGGUACACCAACACUCUCCUCGGUGUAACAACACUUUCCUCAGCCCACUGACACUCUCAUCAGUAAACCAACACUCUCCUCGGUAUACCAACACUUUCCGCAGCCCACUCACACUCUCAUCAGUACACCAACACUUUUCUCAGUACACCAAAACUCUCUUCGGCAUACAAUCACUUUCCUCGGUACACCAACACUUUCCUCGGUACACCAACACUCUCCUCGGUGUACCAACACUUUCCGCAGUCCACUCACAUUCUCAUCAGUACACCAACACUUUCGUCAGUACACCACACUCUCUUCGGUAUACAAUCACUUUCCUCGGUACACCAACACUUUCCUCGGUACACCAACACUCUCCUCGGUGUACCAACACUUUCCUCAGCCCACUCACACUCUCAUCAGUACACCAACACUUUUCUCAGUACACCAACACUCUCUUCGGCAUACAAUCACUUUCCUCGGUACACCAACACUUUCCUCGGUACACCAACACUCUCCUCGGUGUACCAACACUUUCCUCAGCCCACUCACACUCUCAUCAGUACACCAACACUUUCCUCAGUACACCAACACUCACUUCGGUAUACAAUCACUUUCCUCGGUACACCAACACUUUCCUCGGUACACCAACACUCUCCUCGGUGUACCAACACUUUCCUCAGCCCACUGACACUCUCAUCAGUAAACCAACACUCUCCUCGGUAUACCAACACUUUCCUCAGCCCACUCACACACUCAUCAGUACACCAACACUUUUCUCAGUACACCAACACUCUCUUCGGUAUACAAUCACUUUCCUCGGUACACCAACACUUUCCUCGGUACACCAACACUCUCCUCGGUGUACCAACACUUUCCGCAGUCCACUCACACUCUCAUCAGUACACCAACACUUUCCUCAGUACACCACACUCUCUUCGGUAUACAAUCACUUUCCUCGGUACACCAACACUUUCCUCGGUACACCAACACUCUCCUCGGUGUACCAACACUUUCCGCAGUCCACUCACACUCUCAUCAGUACACCAACACUUUCUUCAGUACACCACACACUUUCUUCGGUAUACAAUCACUUUCCUCGGUACACCAACACUCUCCUCAGUGUACCAACACUUUCCCUCGGUACACUCUCAUCAACAAAACUCUCCUCGGUGUACCAACACUUUCCUCAGCCCACUGACACUCUCAUCAGUACACCAACACUUUUCUCAGUACACCAACACUCUCUUCGGUAUACAAUCACUUUCCUCGGUACACCAACACUUUCCUCGGUACACCAACACUCUCCUCGGUGUACCAACACUUUCCUCAGCCCACUGACACUCUCAUCAGUAAACCAAAACUCUCCUCGGUAUACCAACACUUUCCUCAGCCCACUCACACACUCAUCAGUACACCAACACUUUUCUCAGUACACCAACACUCUCUUCGGUAUACAAUCACUUUCCUCGGUACACCAACACUUUCCUCGGUACACCAACACUCUCCUCGCCCACUCACACUCUCAUCAGUACACCAACAAUUUCCUCAGUACACCACACUCUCUUCGGUAUACAAUCACUUUCCUCGGUACACCAACACUUUCCUUGGUACACCAACACUCUCCUCGGUGUACCAACACUCCUCAGCCCACUGACACUCUCAUCAGUAAACCAACACUCUCCCUCGGUAUACCAACACUUUCCUCAGCCCACUCACACACUCAUCAGUACACCAACAAUUUCCUCAGUACACCAACACUCUCUUCGGUAUACAAUCACUUUCCUCGGUACACCAACACUUUCCUCGGUACACCAACACUCUCCUCGGUGUACCAACACUUUCCUCAGCCCAUUGACACUCUCAUCCGUAACCCAACACUCUCCUCGGUAUACCAACACUUUCCUCAGCCCACUCACACACUCAUCAGUACACCAACAAUUUUCUCAGUACACCAACACUCUCUUCGGUAUACAAUCACUUUCCUCGGUACACAAACACACAGUACAACACUUUCCUCUGGUACACCAACACUCUCCCGGUGUACCAACACUUUCCUCAGCCCAUUGACACUCUCAUCAGUAAACCAACACUUGCCUUGGUAUACCAACACUUGCCUUUACCUCAGCCCACUCCCACACUCAUCAGUACACCAACACUUUUCUCAGUACACCAACUCUCUUCGGUAUACAGUCACUUUCCUCGGUACACAAACACUUUCCUCGGUACACCAACACUCUCCUCGGUGUACCAACACUUUCCUCAGCCCACUGACACUCUCAUCAGUAAACCAACACUCUCCUCGGUAUACCAACACUUUCCUCAGCCCACUCACACUCUCAUCAGUACACCAACAAUUUCCUCAGUACACCACACUCUCUUCGGUAUACAAUCACUUUCCUCAGUAUACCAACACUUUCCUUGGUACACCAACACUCUCCUCAGUGUACCAACACUUUCCUCAGCCCACUGACACUCUCAUCAGUACACCAACACUCUCCUCAGUAUACCAACACUUUCCUCAACCCUCACACACUCAUCAGUACACAACACUUUUCUCAGUACACCAACACUCUCUUCGGUAUACAAUCACUUUCCUCGGUACACCAACACUCUCCUCGGUGUACCAACACUUUCCUCAGCCCACUGACACUCUCAUCCGUAACCCAACACUCUCCUCGGUAUACCAACACUUUCCUCAGCCCACCACACUCUCAUCAGUACACCAACAAUUUCCUCAGUACACCACACUCUCUUCGGUAUACAAUCACUUUCCUCGGUACACCAACACUUUCCUUGGUACACCAACACUCUCCUCGGUGUACCAACACUUUCCUCAGCCCACUGACACUCUCAUCACCCACUCACACACUCAUCAGUACACCAACACUUUUCUCAGUACACCAACACUCUCUUCGGUAUACAGUCACUUUCCUCGGUACACAAACACUUUCCUCGGUACACCAACACUUUCCUCUGUACACCAACACUCUCCUCAGUGUACCAACACUUUCCUCAGCCCACUGACACUCUCAUCCGUAACCCAACACUUGCCUCGGUAUACCAACACUUGCCUCGGUAUACCAACACUUUCCUCAGCCCACUCACACUCUCAUCAGUACACCAACACUUUUCUCAGUACACCAACACUCUCUUCGGUAUACAGUCACUUUCCUCGGUACACCAACACUUUCCUCGGUACACCAACACUCUCCUCGGUGUACCAACACUUUCCUCAGCCCACUGACACUCUCAUCAGUAAACCAACACACUCCUCGGUAUACCAACACUUUCCUCAGCCCACUGACACUCUCAUCAGUAAACCAAUAUUUUCCUCAGUGCACCAACCUCUCCUCGUUUUUCAUAUUUUUCAAGUUGUUUUUCUUUCAUUUUUUUAUUCGUUUUUUUUUUCUUUCUUUCUUUUUUUUUUUUUUUUCUUCUUUUUUUCCUUUCUUUUCUUUUUUACUCUGUGA